AGCAGCAGAGAUAGCGUGAUGUGGUGGGAGAAUGUACUGCCACCAAGCCUGAAACUGCCUUUCAGAAAGCAACAACAUAAUUGACAGCACUGCAUCCUGUUCAUCAUUCUCCUCCCACACUGCUCUCACCCUUCUACCCCUCACACAGACAAGGCGGUGCGCUGAAGGACGGACACAAAGAGAGGAAAAUGGAAGUAAAAAAGAGACGAGCGGUACAUGGGGGGAGGGAAGAUGACACGCAAGGCUGAAUCAGAGGAAGAAAGCAGCAGCGCAGGAGCAAAAGCACUGGUGUGUAAUUUAGAAGAAAAGCUUAGCCCGACAGAGAUGUACAGCUUGGGCAACAUCCAGGGAUUCACCUAAUUAAUCCAGUGUUGCUUUGAUAUUUGCAGUAUGGCGUAAGAGGACAGUGAAAGGAAUCGGGCUACCUGCCAGCAACAGACCUCCCCUCUACCUCUGGCCAGAGGUGGCGGUGGCAGCAACAGCAGCAACAUUAGCAUCAAGCCUCUGGAGACAAUGCACCAAAAACAGAGACCGCAACACCGACACAUGAUCUGCUGAUGCAGACACGUUGCUUUUUCAUGCAUGUGAUGGUUACUACAAGCUCCUGGAGGAGAUUUCAUUUCAUUUCCAAGUGACUAAUAUACUAAUGAACAACAUUGACAUUACUUUCUAAUGAAGGAGGAGGCUACUUUGUCACAUGGCAAUGUGAAUACAUGAGGAUCUAAGCUGGAUGUGAUUGUGAUUUGACUGGGAGUGCAGAGCAAAGACCUAGAAGCUACCAAGUCUGCAACUGCUUUUCAUCAUAUGCAGCAAGAAAAGGCUUGGAUUAAAACGUACUAGCCCCCUUUUGACCGGACCAGAUGCCCGUAGGUACCUAGGUUAUUUUAAUUUGACACCCCUGAUCGAGGGCACCACUGGACAUCAACAAAUUGGUUUACCGAAAUGGGGUCAACGUCCUUUAAUUGACUCACCAGAUAGACUUCAGGUUUUCUCCAGGGAUCAAUACCUGGCCAAAUGCUGCUGAGGGGUGGCCUUCUGAGUUAAACAUCUAAGUGAAUCACAGCCAGCAGAACCAUGCAGUGGAGACGGCGCCACUGCUGUAAUCACACAGCCAUAUUCCUCUCACUGUUGGGUGUAUUGGUCUUUCUAGUUUACCAGGUGUGGCUGCCCAGGCGAACAGGUAUGCCAUUGUGGAGAGGCCAUCCUGUGGUGUAUGGAGUAGGUGGACUUCAAAACACCAAAGCCAAAGAGAACAUGAGCUCCCAACAUUCAAUGUGGAGAUUUGUUAUUGUUCCACAGCCAGCUACCAAGGCUCAUGUCAAUGCAAGUUCCCCUGAGAAGGAGGACUUCUCUCCUCAAGGAGACCCAGAUUUUGAGCACGCUCUGGCAGGCAACACAAGCCAAAGUGAAGAGAGAGAAAUUAAAAACAUAAGACAUGGGCCUUUCCAUUACAUCAUCAAUGAGCCAGACAAAUGUGUAAAAAUGAGCCCUGCACCAUUUCUGGUGUUGCUGAUAGCUACUGAAGCUCGGAAGGUGGAAGCAAGGAACGCCAUUCGUCAGACAUGGGGGAAUGAGAGUGUCGCUCCAGCUCUGGGAUUCAUCCGACUUUUCCUGCUAGGAAAAAGUGAGGGGGAGCUCGGACUUUUACAACAAAGGAUGCUCGAAGCAGAGAGCCAGAGGCACCAUGACAUAAUUCAGCAGGACUUUCUGGAUUCUUACAAAAACUUGACUAUUAAGACAUUGAUGGGAAUGAACUGGGUGGCAAUGCACUGCCCACAAGCCAGCUAUGUCAUGAAGACAGACAGUGACAUGUUCGUCAACACAGAGUACCUCAUUUAUAAACUUCUCAGACCAGAUCUGAAUCCCAAAAAGCACUACUUCACAGGAAAUAACAUGAGAGGCUUUGCGCCCAACCGAAAUAAAAACAGCAAAUGGUACAUGCCCCCAGAGCUUUACCCAAAUGAAAAGUAUCCCACCUUCUGUUCUGGGACUGGUUAUGUCUUCUCUGGAGACUUGGCGAUUAAGAUCUAUGAGACAUCUCUAUGCAUUCGCCACCUGCAUCUCGAGGAUGUUUAUGUGGGAAUUUGCCUGGCCAAGCUUGGCAUUGAGCCCACACCACCACCCAAUGAGUUCCUAUUUAACCACUGGCGAGUGUCUUACUCAAGCUGCAAGUAUAGCCACCUGAUAACAUCGCAUGGGUUUCACCCGAAUGAACUACUUAAAUAUUGGCAUCACUUGCAAAACAAUAAACACAAUGCCUGCAUCAAUUCAUUUAGAGAGAGAGCUGUCAAGACUCACUCAUGAAUGUCAGAAUGAAUGCAAAAGACAGGCUCAAAACUGAUACUUUUGUACUUACAAGCUCUGUACCAAUGGGAAAUUGUACAAUCUAUAUCAAUUUCCAGGUCAAAUGACUCUUAAGUAAUCAGUGGAUAUUUACUGGCUCCAGCUCAAAACAGUGGUGGAGACACCAGUUAUGAUCAUUGUAUUCUGCAAUGGUAGAACACAGUAUAAUUACUGUAAUGAAAUCACUGGUAACCUCUGUCUUAUUUCAGUCAAUGUUCACUAUGGAUGCACCGAAAUGAAAAUUGUUGGCCGAAACCAGGACCCGGAAAUCUGGAAACACUUGGCCGAAAACAGAAACACCGAAAUAAAUUAAGUCAAUUCUG